GCUGGGCGGAAUUCGCCUCGUCGCUGGGCUUCGCCGGCAUCCACUGGUCCACCUUCGGGCCCGACCACGCCGCCGAGGAGCUCGGCGCCGACCUGCCGGGCUUCCUGCGGGCGGCCCGGCCGCUGCUGGGCGCCAGCGGUUUGCUGCAGGUGGGCGCCUUCGUGGACGGCCACGGCUUCCAGCCUGCGCUCGUCGACGAGGGCACGGUCGCGUUCGCCUACUGGGUGGCCUGGGCGCUGCCAGCCCAGGACAGCGAGGAGCGCACGGCGAGUGGGCGUCCGCGCCAUGGCGAGGAGGGUGCAGAGGACCUGUGA